CCCUUGUAAAAGAUCAAACUUUUUUGUUAAAAGCAGGAACAUGCAAGCACCCGGGAGAUAGCCUGGAUGACGUCAGGCGGAGGAGGAAGGCCUGAGCCGAGGCCUGUGCAGUGCAGCCCGGAGCCGGAGGGAGCGAGUGAGCGAGUGAGCGGCGGGGCCAUGUUCUACCGGUUUGACGGGUUCACGCAGAGGCUGAGCGGCGGGGCCGGUCCGGCCGCCUACAGCCCGCAGGGUCUGAAGCCUCUGGUUUCAUCAGAAUCUCCUACUAUGAUAUUUGCCAUGCCUACAAAAGUAGUAUCGGAAUCAGGGGAAGGAGUCCAGUUUCUGGGACAAAAUAAAGUCCCUGAUUUCCAGAGACUUUUUCAGAAGUCAGAUGGCAUGCCUGUACAUCUGAAGCGAGGUGUUCCCGAUCGACUAUUAUACAGGACUACAAUGGCAUUGACAUUUGGAGGGACUAUUUACUGCUUGGUAGCACUGUUUCUGGCAGCUCAGCCCAAAAAGCAGCAUUGAACAGACUCUGUUAAUGUGACUGGUACUUCCAAAAUCCUCAACGCAAGGACUAGCAUACAACCCUUUGCACAGUUAUAAUUCAUUUGCUGCUUUCAAGGUUUUCUUUCCUGGUGCACCACUUUGUCUAAUACUUAUGCAGUUCAUUUCAGUUAAUUUUGUUUUUGAUUAUUGUUGAGGAUUCCAAAGCCCAGAAUCCUGCCUAAUCAUGAUGAAAAUAAAAAUAAUGAUCAGGUUAGUUAGAAAUGUAUCUAUUGAAUCAUGGAAAGUGAUCAAGAAGAUAUAUAUUUGAAUGUGAGCAGAUGAAGAGAAUGUGAUCCCACUUUGAUGCCAUGAUGCCACUUGUGGUGGAAUAUGAAUGAGUGUCUUUUUACUUUCCUAAAAGACAAAAGGACUGCUGUGUCUGUCAUGUCCAAGAGGAAUGCUGAUGUUCAUCAUCAUUAUAAUGAGAUCUUGUGUAAAUCUUCAUGCAUUCUCAAUCAUGUGCACAGGCAGUUGUGGAAUCUGUGUUUAAAACCAAAGUAAUGUUCAUCUAGAAACUUGUGACAUCUCAAUAAAUUCAAAUGACCACUGGUAACAAGUUUACAUUUACCUAAAAGACAACAUUGUCAACUUUGUACUUUUUUUUUCUCUUGUUUCUGGAGACCUGCUCUCCAUCAGUUUUUCCAUCAAUCUGCUGAAAUUCAUUCAUGCCACCUUCACCUCCAGCUUUUCACCAAUACUCUCUUCACUGCAAUGGCUUACUCCUCAUCCCUUACUGAAUGCCAUAUGUUUAUUACCCCUUCAUCACCAUUAUUUACUUGAUUCCCAAUCAAUCAAGCUCCAACAAUUUUUUUGAUCAGUUUCAUGAACAAUAUAGCAGUAAAAUUUGUGGCAAAAUAUAUUUUCCUGCAAAUUCUGUGCUUGGCCUGGCUGGUGUGCCAACUGUACACCUUUAGUAUUUGUGUUUUUUGUAUACACUUUUUUUGUGUAGACAAUGCAAUAGAGAUGUGAUUUAUUACUUUUCAGGUAAUAAUUUGGCUUGUGUCUGAAUGGAGGAAAAAUACAGCAUUAUAGAAAAUGCCCUUAUCUAAAAAAUAAUUUCUGGUAAUUAUGAAAAGAAUCUGUUUUAAAUGCUCAUUUGAUAGUAGAACUUGUAGUAAAGUGACUGUCACUGAUCUUUAUCCUAAUAGCAGCAAUUCAAGGUGACUAAGACAUUGACUGGAACUUAAUUUAUUGGUUCUGUAUAAGAUCAUUAUGGAAUUGGAUUUUACUAUAAAUAAUAAUAUUCAUGUCCAAUAGAAUGGACUAUCAGUAUAACAGGUGAUCUUGAAUUGAGGUGUACACAAAUUCACGUUAUUGUGUCUGAAUUUUCUGUGGCAUUGUGACCUUCAUCUGUGUCUAUUGAUGCAGUAGUUUAUUUCAAUCAUGAAGAUGAAAAUAGGUGGCAUACUUCUGUUUUAUAUUCGUAGUGAUUAUCAGGUUUUAUACUUUCAAUUUAGACCUUCAGCUUUUAUUUGUAGACUUCGAUUACUUGCUAUGGAAAAAGCAAAUAUUGUGAAGGAAAAUUGCACAGUAGAUUGGUAAGUAUUGGAAAAAUCUUAACUUAAUAUUUUACUUAAUUUUUCCAUCCAAAUAUUUCUCUUUCAGCAUCAUUUUCAGAUUAUAUUGCACAUUAAUGCAUACUCACUUGCACAAAUGGGCAUUUUGUGAUGCUACUUUCUAUAAGCAAACUCCCUCGUACAUGCCUUUUUAAGGUUGUGAUACAUACCCAAAACAUUUCACAAAGGAAAAGAGGGAGAGGGACUUCCUGGGCAGUGGCUCAUUUGGCACAGAUGAUUUGUUUCCACUCUGGCCACAUCAAAACCUGCAAACCCAAUGUGGGAACACCAGACUCUUCCACGGGCAGGGUAACAGGUGGCUGAUGGGGCAGAUGGGUGGGUAGAUUGUCUGGUGCACUCCUUCUGCCCCUUGUGUAAGACUUCUUUGUGCCCUUGAUGCAUGGCCUUGAAGUUCUCAAUACCAUCCCGAAUGAUGCUAUUCCAUUGAGCGAUCAUGGGCCGGAGAUUCCUUGGAGUUACAUGAAUGUUACACUUCUUCAACCAAGCUUUGAACACAACCUCAAAUCUUUAUCUCUGUCUACCCUGAGAGAGUUUGGAAUAGAGUGCCUGUUUAGGGAGUCUGGUGUUGGGCAUGCAAUUGCUGUGGCCAAGCCAACGUAGCUGAGCGAGAGUAACUAGGGCCUCAGUGCCGGAGGUGUUGGCCUGGCAGAGGAUGCUGAUGUUAGUUGGCUUAGCUUCCACAUUGGGUGGCGGCUAGUGGCAUACUUAAAGAAAUAGGUUUUCGGGGAGAUAAAAAGGUGAUUCCAGACUAUAGGAUCAUGAAGGCUGAAUACUGUGUCACCAAUUGAAAUCAUGUAGGAAAUCUUUAUGAACAAUGGGAUCUGGAGGAGGAAAAGGUGAGGAAAAACAGGGCCGUAAGAGAUUUUGGAGAAAAGGUAUACUGAUGCCAUUUUGUAACAAUGAGAAAUUUGAAAUCAGUCCUCUGGAAAUGGGGAAUCCAGUAAAUAAUGGUGAUGAGGGAGUAAUAAAUGAAUGGCAUUCAAUAAGGGAUGAGGAAUAAACCAUGCAGUGAAGAGAGUUGGCAAAAGGCAGGUGUUGAAGCUGGCAUAAUGAAUUUAAGCAGUUGUGGGCUGAUUUUAAGUUUAAGACUGGCUAUUUUGCAGGGAUGAAAAUGAACACUUUUAGUGUUGAAUACAAUCCUAAAAUAAUAACAUUCAGAUUUCCUAAGCAUAGUGUUUUCUGUUUCGUGCUUUAAAUAUUUAAAACUAAAAGGGGUAAAAAGAAGCAAGAAGUAUUUUUGAUAUUUUAGGAAUCAUCACAUGCUUGUAAUCUAUUUAUGUAUCAGACUUCAAAUUGUAGCUCUUGAUUUCAUCUUCCUUUCUGUCACCUUGGUGCCAUCUUUGAUUUUAAGCCAAGAAUGGCCUCCUUAACCCCAUCUUUUACACUUAUUUAAAAAAAAUUGUUUGUGUCAGCAUGCUUCCUUUCACCUCAAAUGUUCUUUCACUACCCCUUGUUGGACUCCACCUCUGUGAAAUACUUUGAACUGGUACACUGUUGUUGAAUAAUUGUCAGUGACCUUUUAACACAACACCACUGGUCUCAGAUUCAGGCAAGAACAAAUUAAGUUAUGGUUUCCUUGACUGAAGCCUGAUUGAUUCAUGCUUCAAAAACAAAUCAGAGAGGCAGCAAUGGAAGAGUGAUCUGUUGAAUCGCUGGAAGGGUGAGGAUGAUAUGACUUGCACACUAAUGCAGACUUGCAGCUUAAACAUUGGACAAAAGUACUUUGCUCCAAAUCAAUCAUUUUUACAUUUCAUAUGAUUGCUACCACAUAUGUUUUUAUAAAUUGAAAUGGGACUUCAAAACAGCUGUAACAGUGGUCCAAUAAGAAAAUGGUAUACAUGUCGAAACUUUUGGCAAAAAGUUUCAGCACGAUCCCUCAUACUGUUCAGCUCAACCAUUAUUUUACUUGAUAUGAAAAAUACAGUUAAGAUCUAGAAUUGAACUUCAAGACGGAGAAUGAAAGUAAUUUGGGUAAAUAUUUGUCUAAUAGUGAACACCAUUUCACAUCCUUUAUUUCUAAGAGAAGUACAUGUAUUAAAAAAACAACUGAAUAUUUUUAUUCUCUGAUCUGACCAUUGGCACAGCCCUAGUUCUGGUGGGAAAGAUUGAAUCACAAUGUGAAUUUCUCCUCCUAAGUAUUGAUUUUGGGUUCACCACAUAAUGUUACAAACAGGCAGAAGGGAGCACAUAGAAAUUAUGGCAGAGGUGAUUGCAUUUAAUUGAAGCUACCAGGAGUAAAUUUGGAAGAGACAUAAGAAACUUCCUGCCAGAUCUUUUCUGUGCUUCCAUUUGGGCAAUGCAUUGUGUGUGUGUGUGUGUAUUUAUAUAAUAAAAUAAAUAAAUAGA